GCUCCGAGCUUCAGUCUAGCGGCGGCCCCCGCGGCGUUUUCCCAACGCCCGGUGGCGCCCCCCCGUGGCUCUGGCGCGACUCGGACGCCCCUCUGCGACCCAGUCGGGCUCGGCCUGGAGCUGCGGCGAGUGAGCGGCUCCUGCGAGGAGGCCCGGCCGGGCGGGGGCUUCGGGACGCGCUGGCUGUCGGGAUGGCACAAAAGAAAUAUCUUCAAGCAAAAUUGACCCAGUUUUUAAGGGAAGACAGAAUUCAACUUUGGAAACCUCCAUAUACAAAUGAAAAUAAAGAAGUUGGUUUGGCAUUGAAGGACCUUGCUAAGAAGUACUCUGACAAGCUAGAAUGUUGUGAAAAUGAGAUUGAAAAAAUAAUAGAAGAAAUACGUUGCAAAGCAAUUGAACGUGGAACAGGAAAUGAAAAUUAUAAAACAACAGGAAUUGCUACAAUUGAAGUAUUUUUACCUCCAAGAGUAAGAAAAGAUAGGAAAAACUUGUUGGAGACCCGACUGCACAUCACUGGCAGGGAACUGAGGUCCAAAAUAGCUGAAACCUUUGGAUUUCAAGAAAAUUAUAUCAAAAUUGUUAUAAAUAAGAAACAGCUUCAACUAGCAAAAACCCUUGAAGAACAAGGAGUGACACACAAUGUGAAAGCAAUGGUACUUGAACUGAAACAGUCUGAAGAGGAUGUGAAAAAAAAAAGCUUUCAGGAAGAAGAAGAGCAAAACAAAGCUGAAUUAAAAGACCAAAGAAUCCAAAGGACUAAGAGAGGACUGGAAAUAUUGGCAGAGAGAGCUGAGAUGGUAGUGGAUCCAGAAACUACACCGUACUUAGACAUAACUAACCAAACAGGCAGAUCAAUCAGAAUUCCCCCAUCAGAAAGAAAAGCCCUUAUGUUAGCUAUGGGAUAUCAUGAGAAGGGCAGAGCUUUCCUGAAAAGAAAAGAAUAUGGAAUAGCAUUGCCAUGUCUGUUGGACGCUGACAGAUAUUUCUGUGAGUGUUGCAGAGAACUAUUAGAUACAGUAGAUAACUAUGCAGUGCUCCAGCUGGAUAUAGUAUGGUGUUACUUCCGCUUAGAACAACUGGAAUGCCUUGACGAUGCAGAAAAAAAAUUAAACUUGGCUCAGAAAUGCUUUAAAAAUUGUUAUGGAGAAAAUCAUCAGAGACUGGUCCACAUAAAAGGAAAUUGUGGGAAAGAGAAGGUAUUGUUUUUAAGACUUUACUUGCUUCAAGGUAUCCGCAACUAUCACAGUGGAAAUGGUGAAGAGGCUUGUGAGUAUCUCAACAAGGCACGGCAGCUCUUUAAAGAACUAUAUAUUGAUCCAUCAAAAGUUCACAAUUUGUUGCAGUUGGGCUUUACUGCCCAGGAAGCCCGGCUUGGCCUAAGAGCAUGUGAUGGGAACGUGGAUCACGCGGCCACUCAUAUUACCAACCGCAGAGAGGAAUUGGCUCAGAUAAGGAAAGAGGAAAAAGAGAAGAGAAGACGCCGCCUGGAGAACAUAAACUCUUUGAAAGGAAUGGGCUACUCCACUCAUGCAGCCAAACAGGCCCUCCAUCAGGCAAGCGGAAACCUGGAUGAAGCCCUGAAGAUUCUUCUCAGUAAUCCUCACAUGUGGUGGUUAAAUGAUUCAGAUCCUGAAACCAACAACCAUCAAGAAAGUCCUUCCCAGGAAAACAUUGACCAACUGGUAUACAUGGGUUUUGACACUGUAGUUGCUGAAGCUGCGCUGAGAGUGUUCCGGGGGAACGUCCAGCUGGCAGCUCAGACCCUGGCUCACAAUGGAGGGAAUCUUCCUCCUGACCUGCAGCUCUCAGUGGAAGAUUCUUCGUCAACUCCAUCCACCUCCCCUUCAGGUUCUGCAGGUACCUCUAGUGCCUCAACAGAUGAAGAUAUGGAGACAGAGGCAGUCAAUGAAAUACUGGAAGAUAUUCCAGAACAUGAAGAAGAUUAUCUUGACUCAACUCUGGAAGAUGAAGAAAUUAUUAUUGCAGAGUACUUAUCCUAUGUAGAAAAUAUAAAAUCAGCAACAAAGAAAAACUAAAUAGUGAACAGAAAUAAGUACUAAGUUUCUGCUUAUAAAUCUAUCAUUAUGAAAAGUCUAAUGCAGGUCUUUCUUUUCUUCUUACCUUUUAUCUGAUUCUGCUAAAAGAGUGAUUCCUACUUGGAUGUAGGGAGGGGACAGGCAGGGAGUAGGGGCAUAUCAGUUAAAGAGAAGGUUUGGCGGGAAGAGGUCCUGGUCAGUAAUGGAUGGCCUUGGGGAAAGAGCUUCCUUUGGCCUGACUCUUGCAAGUCCUCUUCUGCUUCAGAUUCUGCAUUCCUAACUCUGUCCUCCCUGCUUGAUUUCUUUUCACCAGAAAUGAGAAAGGAGUGAGGGUUGGGUUCCUGUGGAGAAGAGGGUAGUCACUGGGGAAGGUCUCCAGGAGACGGAUAAUCAAGAGAGAGAUUUUCCCCUGAUUUGUCUCCUCCUCUUUAUCUUGCCCUGCUUUCCUGCCCUCCUGAGCCCAGUUGAUUUUUUCCCUUCUUUCCAUGUUUCAGUCUGUGACUUGUAAGCUCCAUGUUUUCCUGCAUCACCCUUACCACCUGUCCCUAAAAUUGUCUUUUAAAUCUUCAACCAUUCCAGUUGCUUUGGGGGCAUAAAAAUGAGGCUCCAGUAGCCAUAUCAAAUUGUGGCAGAUGUCUUCAGUGUGAAAUUUUGAUGUUUUUUAUGCUUUUAUAGUAAAAUAUACAGUUGAAAUUGUUGAAAUUCAGGAUUGAUAUAUAUUCAAAAUUCCCUUUAACAACAGAAAGUCUUUAUUAAAUGGGAAAGUCUUAUGUGAACCAAAGCAGGUAUUUUUAAUUAACAUUUUUAGACUCAACCACGUGCUGUCAUAUUAAACUCAUUCCUAGCUAAAAUACCUAUCAGAGAUUUAGAUAUAUUUUCUCCAGGUUUUUGCAGAGCUUUUUGGUGUAUCUGUAUUACAGAGAGACUAUUCUAAAGUACUUAAUGCCUUUUAACGGCACAAAUAACCAUUCUCAAUGCACCCUGCAUUCUUCUGUAGAUUUGUAUUAAAUGAAAAUCAGUUUCAGCACUUAGGACACAGCUGGCAGCAACCAGCUGCUGAAUGAAUCAAGUGCCAGAUGUAUUCCGGAGCCUUUUUCUGCCCUUCCAAGUCACUGGAAGCUACUAUGACUGAGGGCCAAAUGUGCCAUAUCAUUGCUGACAAGAGACUGAAAUAAUUUGACUCUUUGAGUAGUCACUUUGAUAAAGCUUGGACAGCAGUCCAGUUUGGAUAUUUGGGAAUCUUGUUAUUCUUUUAAGAUGGAUGAUGCAGACAGAAAUAAAAGGUGUAAAACGUGUUCAAAAAUUGUCAGCUUAACUUUUGCAAUAAGUUACUAAACAUUCUAAAUUGCUUUAAGUGUUGACAGUGGGUGAGCUAGAGCUUCAUUUUGACUCCUAGAUGUUUGUUUCCAUUGGGUUUUGUGAGGAAAUCAAAUGAGUGCCCUCAAAAGCAACACUGGAUAUCUGUUAUAAAAAGAGCAAGUGUAAAAAGCAGAGCUUGUUGUUGAUUGGGAUAAAUAAGACUUAAGAAAGGAGGGGCAACUGAAGCAGGAUCUCUUGGGGUUUGCUCUCUCGGCUUUGGAAGCUACAGCUGAGCCAAUGUCAAGAGAUGUCUCUGGGCUUUGUUUGACUUGGGAGAAUGUUAAACUUGGAUUUCAUGCCUGAAUUGAAGCCUUUGGCUGACAAGUUACUGUCUUAGGCGUGGGCCAGGCAUAGCUUCUAGACUCCCAAAUGUUUUGUUAAUGCAAAAGGCUAGAGAUGUAUAGCCCCACUGGCAGGUCCCUGUCUUUGCUCCAUUUUCUCUUGGAGACAUGCAAGGAGAAGCCAGUUCUCGAGUUAGGAAGUCGCAAGGCAGUUGUCGUCCAUUUGAGGCAGUUCUGGUAAUACACCAUCUCCAAGCACAGGCCGGGGUACAGACUGCUACCUGUCUGCAUGAGUUGGGGACUUGGGUUCUGGUCCUGACUCUGCCUCUAAUCAUGUGAAAUUGAGCAGUCAGUUACUGGUGCUCCCUGCUUUAUAGGGCAAUAGAAGCAGCAGAGAACAUACAUGAUGAAAAUGCUAUUAAACAGGAGGGAGUAUGCUGAGGCUGGAGGAGUCAGAGAAGUCAUCAUGGAGGUGGGCCUAGAAGGGGAUCUCUGGAAAGAGGAGGGAAGGUACAUUCCAGACUCAGGACAAAUUAGGAAAUAAUGGGGGUAGGACAGAGUGAGUUUGACGUAUUCAUGGGGUCAUGGGAAUAAUGUCCUUGACUCAUCUGAGGGUGAAUGUGCUGGGGAGAAAAGAAGAAUGAGGUUGGAUGAGUUGCUGAGUCCAGUUACAGAGCACCCUGAAACUGGGGGCAGGGGAGUUUAGAUUUGAUGUGGCAGAAUGUCAGGGCCAUGAGAAAAAUUUGAGCAGGAGAGGGAUGCUGACGUACUUAAGGCAGAUGUCACUUGUGACGCUGUUGAAAAACUCUACUUGUUCAGAUGGACUUUACACUGAUAAACUUUUCUUGUAAAAUUCUGCCUUUGUGACUGCCAUAUCCUUUCAUCUUGUUUUCAAACCCACAUCUUAAAUGGUUCCUUGUCCUUCUAUUGUCCAACAAUAUAUUUCUCAAAGGCAAAA